GAUCUGAGCUGCAUUAUCAUACUUGCAAUACAAUCACCCCUCGCCCCCUACUACCAUCGCUACAACUACUACCGUACCUCGCGCCUAACAUCUGUUUGCUGAACGGGAUAUCGCUGUGCUCAUCUUCCCUUACCUACCCACACACUAUGAGCGGGUUCCAAGAUGUGCGCGAUGUGAUGGAGCUCGCUGCACCUACUGACGCCACAGCAAGGGUUCCUGUUGCGAAGAAGCAGAAGACGGUGGAGCGGCGGCCGGGUAUGCUCUCGCACGCAUUACCUUUCAAGUAGCAUGGUUAAAUAAAUACUGAUAAAAUUACUACAUAGAUGGGAUUACUAGGGAGUUGUUCGCUCUCCUCGGCGAAAACCCCCCGCCAGUAGCGAUUGUCGAGAGCAAGUUCAAGGAGAAACCUCGGUGGAUGGGAAAAGUCAAUCCUUGGUAUAUACCCUUUUUCUCCCCCAUCGUGCAUCAUUCACCCACCCGCCCUACUAUAUGGAUGCUAACACAAGAGCAACACAGGGUUUGGAAGUCCUUCGAAAACCCCUCUAGAUCCGAUGGGUUGGUCCUCCACCACUGGGAACGCAAGACCGAACACCCCCAAGACCUCGAAUACCAGUUCGCCAAAUUCAACGUCAGGGUCGACGUACCCGUGUACACAGACGGCGAGUAUGAAGUCCUCAAAGACCCGGAUUGGACACGGAAGGAGACGGACUACCUCUUCGACCUGUGUCGCGAAUAUGACCUACGCUUCGUCAUCGUCUGGGACCGAUACGAGUUCGCCGGUGGAAGGCCCCGCACAGUGGAGGACAUCAAGGCACGUUAUUACUCUGUCUGUCGUAGCCUAAUGGAACUUCGGACGCCGCUGAACCAGAUGACACCAGAGGAGACGCAGGUUUUCAAUCUGCUGAAUUUUGAUAAAGAGCGAGAGACAGCGAGGAAGAAUAUGGCGGAAGUGCUGUUCGCCCGGGCCCCGGAUCAGGUGAAGGAGGAGGAGAUGUUACUCGUCGAGUUGGCAAGGAUAACAAAGGGCCAGGCAAAGAAUCUGGAAGAGCGCAAGGAGCUCUUCAACAGAUUGGAAGUUCCAGCAUCUCAAGGCUCCAUCGCAGCGUACACUGGCAGCCAGGGGCUCGCCCACCUCCGAGAAAUGAUGGUAAAUAGCACCGACAAGAACAAAAAACGGAAGUCAAUAGCCUUGGCCAGCAACAACGCUAGCAACGCCGAUGGCCCGCAACAAAGUCCCGCCUUAGCAACCUCCGCGGAAAGGUUUGGUCCAAGCGGGGGCGGCAGCGGUCCCUCACAGAAGGAUACACUGCAGCCAAAGAAGCAAGUCCGCAAACUCACCCCGGAGGAGGAAUUAGGGUUCGGCGUCACCUACCAUGAUAAGCUCACCCCGGGUGUUAAGUUCCGCUCCGCCAUGGUGGCAGCCACGGUCAAGGGCGGGACCGCGCAGAAAGUGCAGGCGGCGCUGGCCCAGUUGGAGAUUUCACCCAGGCUGGCAAUGCCCACAGCCCGCACUGUACAGAUGUUUGAGCAGUUACAGGCUAGUGUUGGUGCCCUGCUUGAUGCUAGGAAGGCGAAUGAUAAGAUCGAUAAUGAACAGAGGGUUCUGAAGGCGCAGAUUGAGACUGCGAACGAGGAUUCUUGA